AUGGCCAUCCGGCAAAGCAGCAAGCUGCCAAGCAGCUCCAUCAAGAAUAAGCUGCGCAAGCACGCUCGCAGAUACCAUGGCAGGGCAAACAAGUCAUGGGUGAUCAGCAAGUACUUGCAGGAAUUGGAUCGCUUCGACAGAGAAGAUGUGCGAAAGCACGCGGCGCACGUGGCGUCGUGGAUCGCCUAUGACCCGAAAGGCCGUAUUCCAAAGACGUGUUUGAUCGAGCUCUUGCGGAAAUACAUCGCCAAAUUGGGAGGUGGCCUCCUACCUGAACGUUUGGAAGUGGUCCUCCCAGACGCGAAGACUGCGCUGCAGUCGGGCUUCACGAUGGGAGAGAUCAGCGAGGUCUGGAGACAGGCAGCGCACAAGCUGCAAAGGAUUCUCGACAAGUUCCGCUGCUGCCGACCGCCAACAGACCAAGUGCUCGCUGUGGCCGCAACGCAGGAGAGUGCAGCAGAUGAUGUAGUUGUUGUGCCCGAUGACGACGAACCUUCCCACGAAGACCCAGCAGCUCUGGGCGCGUCCAGCCAGCAUCUGCAGCUCUGUCGAAGGAUUAACCAGUGGGGUUUCCUGGAUGAUGUGCAGAAGCUGGAGCGCCUCCGCCAAGCCGAGGAGGUAGCCAGGCGCCCAUGGAGGAAUCUCAGCGAGGUGGAUCUGGCCGAGGUCGUCAACCUGGCGGCCACGGCUCUAGCAGCUCCGCGCAGAAAGGCGUUGGCGCAAGAAGAAGAGGCUGGAGAAUCAGGCCAGGCAUCGGCGUCCACAGACCCGGGUGCCAACCAUGAUCUGCAGAGACGGGUGCGGUCGCUGUUGCUUCGGGUGCUGCGCAUGUGGCGGGCCAGCCAGUAUGAUUUCGGUGUGAUUGAGCACGUGCUCGGUUUCGUCCAUGUGAAGAUCGACAAGUUUGAGGAGAAGGUUGGAAGCAUUCAAGAUGCUGCAGCUGGGAGGUGUUGGCAGGCCAUCAAAGAUGUAAUUGAUGAGCUGCAGGGCGUGGCUCGCGGUGCUUCCGGACUCCAGGCUUGCGAGGCCAAGAGACGCGAACGGCUCUUUAGACGGUUUCAGCGCCAAAGCGGGGUGCAAAACAUUUGCUGGAAAAAGGAAAUUGCGAGCUGGCGAGUGCAGCGGGUGGAAGCCGGCAAGCACAAGGCGGUCCACUUCCCCAUCUCCAAGCACACGAAGGAGGGCCUCUCUGAGGAGGAGGCGGUGGCGGCCGCACUGGAGGAGGCCAAGGCGCACCGCGAGGAGCUGGUGCGCCAAGGCAAGCUGCAGCCUUCGAAGCCCAAAGCCACCGGUUCCAUGGUCAGGGGCGUCAAAUUCAACACAGGAGGAAGUUUUCGGGUCCAAAUCACCAACCCACGCACCAAGAAGCGCCAAGGCGGCACCUUCAAGACGCUGGCGGAGGCCGAGGCCAAGGCGCAGGAGCUGGCCAAGGAGUGGGGCCUCCACGACGAGGAGGUGGCGGUGGAGCGGCUCUCGGAGCUCCCGCACUUCGAGCCGCUCGCGCCGGAGCCGGGAGUGAAGUGGAGGCGCGGUGCGCAGCAUUGGCGAGCCCAGUGCCACGUCAACAGCAAGAAUCGCAAUUUCACCGUGAAGCCCAAAGACUAUUCGGAGAAGGAGGUGGAGAAGGCCUGGAAGCAGGCGGUGGCCUGGCGCAAGCAGCAGGAGAAGGAGAGAGAGCAGGCCGAGCGAGCUCGAAAGCGCUAA